CGCUUCCCGCCUGUCCGGCUCGGCGCUCCCGGCCUGCGCCGCCAGGUGGUUGCCUCCGCCUCCGCGGCCGGCGCGCACAGCCGGGGUUUUUCCUGCACCAGCCCCGGUGGGACGAGGCGGGGGCCGCAGCGGUGCCCCCUAGGCCGUGACACGGACGCGGGAGGGUCCUCUGCAGCUGCCCUGAUCGGGGCAGAGAGGUCGCCCUGCUCCGGCCUCCGCAGCCGAGGCGAAUCACACUGACCCCCGACUGCAGGUCGCGGCAGGAAGGAUGACCACGCUUACGCGACAGGACCUCAACUUUGGCCAAGUGGUGGCCGACGUGCUCUGCGAGUUCCUGGAGGUGGCGGUGCACCUGAUCCUGUACGUGCGCGAGGUCUACCCGGUGGGCAUCUUCCAGAAGCGGAAGAAGUACAACGUGCCGGUGCAGAUGUCCUGCCAUCCAGAGCUGAAUCAGUACAUCCAGGACACACUGCACUGCGUCAAGCCACUCCUGGAGAAGAAUGAUGUGGAAAAAGUAGUGGUGGUGAUUUUGGAUAAAGAGCAUCGGCCGGUGGAGAAGUUCGUCUUCGAGAUCACUCAGCCUCCCCUGCUGUCUAUCAGCUCUGACUCUUUGCUGUCCCAUGUGGAGCAGCUGCUCCGAGCCUUCAUCCUGAAGAUCAGUGUUUGCGACGCUGUCCUGGACCACAAUCCCCCAGGCUGCACCUUCACCGUCCUGGUGCACACAAGAGAAGCUGCCACUCGAAACAUGGAGAAGAUCCAGGUCAUCAAGGACUUCCCCUGGAUCCUGGCAGAUGAACAGGACGUCCACAUGCAUGACCCCCGGCUGAUACCCCUAAAAACCAUGACAUCAGACAUUUUAAAGAUGCAGCUCUACGUGGAGGAGCGAGCUCAUAAAAGCAGCUGAGGAUGAGCCCGCACCCACCGAUCAGGCCACGACUGUCAUACUCUAGGGACCCAGCUGCAGGCAGCGCUGAGGGCCCCGCCUCCAAGUGCUCUCACUGCUCCUUGCAGGCGCGCGCCUCUGCCCGGGCAGCUCAAGUCUGCUUGGUAUCGUGGAGGAGGGAGGUGUCCCCAGGAAGGCAGUGAGGGACGCUGGGACCUCAGUUUCCCAUCUAACUAGCCAGUGUUCCCGGCUAACACUGUCUGUCUCAGAUACUGUGAACUGUUUAUUCAAUAAAGUGCCCCAAGGGCUGGCUGAGA